AGAUUGAAGUUAAUCUACGUUGGGGCCUUAAUUAUUACAAAUUCUCUUUCGCUGGAUUGCGCGAGAGAAAAAUCUACGUCGCCGUGAGUACACGCGCGCGCAGUUGCGAUGCGUGUGUGCCAAGGUGCGCACGCUCCGGAUAUGCGUUCCAGAAACGGUACGGCAUCCGCGACGUCGUGUGCAUUUGUGCAACACAGCAACGGCACGCGCGACCUCAAGAUACACCUGUACCGAGUAUCUUACGCGCGCCCCGAGAUCUGUGCCUGUGUAGGAGCAGCGAAUAAGAUCCCGAGCGCCCCUACGACGAUGUCCGCGCCGUCGUGGAGAUGACCAGCUCCGGUCGUCGCCGGCGAGUCACGUCCCACGUCUCGCGGAAGAUGUGACCGCUCCAGAGAACGAUCGCAGAGGCGUCAUCGCGGCAACGCGCUGCGCGUCUUCCUUCCUGCCUUCCUCCCUUUCUUCCCUCGCGCGGCAGUCAGAGUGCGCGAAGAGGCGGCCGGCGAAAUUAGAGCGCACCGCGCUAACGAGGCGCCGGAGGACGCGGAACGAUGGCGGUGGCGGCGAGCUCCUUCGACGCCUGGCUCAGCAAAAAGUUGCAGGCGCUCAAUACCGACGAGGGUGUCUUCGGCACCUAUAUCAGGGGUAUCCUCGAGGGCGACGAGCCCGAGGAUGAGAAGACCGAGGCGCUCGAGAGUAUACUCGCGGGUGUAACGGAGGAUAAUAUCAGCAAGCACGUUGCUGAGAUUCUAAGCGCAUGGGCAGAGUGGCUGCCAGCUGAAGAAGUGGCCGCAGCAUCUGCACCGACCGAAGACGUUGAUGUCAGGCUGGCAAAAAUGCUGGAGUCACAGAGUUUACCCACGACGACGCAGAGGAGCUACACAGAGGAAGAGAGACGAAUACGGGAGGCUAUACUAGCACAAUACAGUCAAAUGUCUGACGAGGACAAUAGCGAAGGAGAUGGAGAAGAGGAUGGUGCGAGCGGUGGAGACUGCGGAAUAGAGAAGAACUUAAACGCAGCUACUAUCAUACAGCAGGAAAGAGAAAAGAGGGAAAAGGCAAAGUUGGAGAGUCAGAAGAAGAAGGAAAAGGACAAAGAAGAUAGAGAGAAGCAGAAACAAUUGAAAGAAGAAAAGAAGGAAAAGAGAAAAACUCAAAAGGGAGAAAGACGAAGGUAGCAUCGAAACAGGAGCGUUGGAGGACUUUGAGAUUAUUGACUACAUAUAUGCCUGUGGUAUUCAUAUAUGUCUAUCUAUAUUGUCGUGCAUGCAACGAUCUCCGACAGUUAUUUAUAAACCAGUCAUCAAUCUUAUAUUUUCAUUAGAAGAAUAAGUGUGUAGCGUCCAUCUGUCGUUAGAAGAUGAAUUCAGUAUGAAUGCAUAUGUUUAUCGUCAAGGAGCAGUAUAUAUAAUGUUGAAUCAUCCUGUGCCUUCUGUCUCUCUAAAUUCUUGUUUUUUUUCCUUCAAAAAGGGUUUGUUACUUAUUCAUCUUCUUCAUUCUCACUUCUGACAUUCUAACUUCGUAAUCUGUAUUCAGAACUCGCAUCUAUUCUCACUAGUUAGAAUUAACAAGGAAAUAAAUCGUCGUUGUUUAGGUAUCGAUAAACAAUAAUUCUGAUUACCGACUUAUCCUUCGCUCAUCGAUCUGCUUGGCGCAUUUCGUUGUAUCUCAAUCAAAUGAUGUAUUUAAUACGAGUAUGUUUAAAUAAACUAUUUAAAUCGCUGA